GGGGCCUCAGAGGAGGGAUUGCGAUGCAUCCUGGGCUUGGUAGUUCAUCUGCAUAGCUGUAGCCAGAGAGCGGGGCCUCACGACCCGGAGAACUACAAUUCCCAGCAGCUGGGCAGAGAGCGGAGUGAGGGGGGCUCUUGACGUGGGCGCUCGGCCUGGGCGGGCUGCUUCUCAGUGCGGCGGCGGCGGCUCCGGGGACCGGGGCCUUUUGUUUCCAGUAGGUGCGGGGGCCCCGGAGCUGCUAGGCCGCGGCCUUCCCCAGCUUGCUCGGUCCCGGCCGCCCCUCACCGGGGUGGGAGGCCGCCCCCUGGGCCGGGCGUCGCCUUAAGGCGCCGCCGCCCCGCCCCAGGCCCGCCCCGCCUGGCCUGAGGGGAGGAACCGGCCGGGCCUCGCCGCACGGCCCGGCCACCUCUGGAGUCGCCGCCACUGCCCUGCCGUGCGUCGGACGAGAGGCUGCCCUUCGCCCCGUAGGCCGACGACAUGAAGAUCAAGGAUGCCAAGAAACCCUCUUUUCCAUGGUUUGGCAUGGACAUUGGGGGAACUCUAGUAAAGCUCGCAUAUUUUGAACCUAUUGAUAUCACAGCAGAGGAAGAACAAGAAGAAGUAGAGAGCUUAAAAAGUAUCCGGAAAUAUUUGACAUCUAAUGUAGCAUAUGGAUCCACUGGCAUUCGAGAUGUACACCUUGAACUGAAAGAUUUAACACUUUUUGGCCGAAAAGGGAACUUGCACUUUAUCAGAUUUCCAACCCAGGACCUGCCUACUUUUAUCCAAAUGGGAAGAGAUAAAAACUUCUCAACAUUACACACGGUGCUAUGUGCUACAGGAGGUGGUGCUUACAAGUUUGAAAAAGAUUUUCGUACACACCAGCCCUACCAUGUUCCUGUGUCAAAAGGGGUGGUAUGGAUAUGGCAGGAGGACUUUAUUGGAAACCUCCACCUACACAAACUGGAUGAACUUGACUGCCUUGUAAAGGGCUUGCUGUAUAUAGAUUCUGUCAGUUUCAAUGGCCAAGCAGAGUGCUAUUAUUUUGCUAAUGCCUCAGAACCUGAGCGAUGCCAAAAGAUGCCUUUUAACCUGGAUGACCCCUAUCCACUCCUGGUAGUGAACAUUGGUUCAGGAGUCAGUAUUUUAGCAGUCCAUUCCAAAGACAACUAUAAACGAGUGACCGGGACAAGUCUUGGUGGAGGUACCUUUCUGGGUUUAUGCAGCUUAUUGACUGGCUGUGAAAGUUUUGAAGAGGCUCUUGAAAUGGCAUCCAAAGGUGAUAGCACCCAAGCUGACAAGCUGGUCCGUGAUAUUUAUGGAGGAGAUUAUGAAAGAUUUGGUCUGCCAGGUUGGGCUGUAGCAUCUAGUUUCGGUAAUAUGAUUUAUAAGGAGAAGCGAGAAUCUGUUAGUAAAGAAGAUCUGGCAAGAGCUACUUUAGUUACUAUUACCAAUAACAUUGGUUCUGUGGCACGGAUGUGUGCUGUUAAUGAGAAAAUAAACAGAGUUGUCUUUGUUGGAAAUUUUUUACGUGUCAAUACCCUCUCAAUGAAACUUUUGGCAUAUGCACUGGAUUAUUGGUCAAAAGGUCAACUGAAAGCAUUGUUUCUAGAACAUGAGGGAUACUUCGGAGCAGUGGGUGCACUUCUUGGACUGCCAAAUUUCAGCUAAAGUAUCAGAUUUCUCUCUGCUAAUAAAUGUCAUCCAAGAGGAACUGAAAACAAGAGGCAUUAUUACUGCAUUGUUCGUCACUGGAAGCCAUAGGAUAAAGAGUAGCAUAUUCCUGUUAAUAUUUAAAUAUCAACAUGGUAAGCUGCUGAAUAUUGCCGUAUUAAAAGAGAGCACUCAGUAACGUGAAGUAUUUCUAAUUGAAAUGCUUUCCCUUAUGUAUAUAACCAGUGUUAACUCUUUAAAUGCAGUGCAGCCUCUGAUAAGUGAGCUUCCUCUCAAAAAGUUUUUCUGUUUAUUUUAUGUAGCCUACAUUGCAGUACUGUAUACUCAAAACACAAAUCUUAAAAAUCUCAGAAAUGUUUAUCUCAUGAAAAUAAUUGAUUCUGAAUAUUUGUUAGAAGUCUGUUUAAUGUAUGUUUUGUUUACUAGUGAGAGGACAAUAACAUACCCUGAAUCAAAAAUUAUUGAAAUGCCAAUCAAAGAUGAUCCUAUUUAUCUGAUUUUAGAAAUGUUAAGAUAAGGUCAGCUAUUCAUUAUUGUAGUUUUUGUAACAUCCCCCCUUUAAACAAGCAUGUUUAUGUGAUCUUUCCCCAGAAAUAUAACCUUUCUCAAAUGCCAUUGUUAAAUUGAAAUAUUGUUAAAUUUUAGCCUGAAUUUUAAAUGAGUCCUUGGAAAUGCACAUAUUUGGUGACAAUAUACUUUCUGUAUUUUAUGAGUUAAUCAAUAUAUUUAAAAAUUCCUAUCAUUUAGAAAUUGGAGGCUUAAUUACUUAUUCAAGAGUGUGUUUAAUGAGGACUGUUCUAACAGAAUAUAGCUUCAGUGCAUGGUAGAGUUCAGUGCUCUUUUCUCUCAGGCCUGAACUUAAUCAUUCCUUUUUAUUAGGUCUGAACUAUCAAAGACUUUAAUCUAUUAUGAAAGACAACAAAAUCACAUUUAUUCUGUAAAGGAUGUUAUGGAAAUCUGAAAGAUGAGUUGUUUUGAAACUCUGUGGGAGUCAGAAACAGUAUUGCAGAAUUAUAAAAGGAUCAGUGUUUUUUUUACAUGCUGGUAAUAAAAGCAUUGCAGUUCCAAAAUCUGUAAAUUAUUUUGCCCCGGAAUUUAUUCUCUAUUUUGAAGUCAUUAUUUUUUGUUAUAAAAUUCUUCAGAUUUUUGCUUUGGCAGUAAUGUUUUGGAGGCUCAGUAGUUCAGUGAAGUUACUCACGUCUGUCUGUCAUUCAUGGUUCAGAAAGUAGAAACACUUGGGGAAAACACUCACCUCCAUGAAUUACCAGUAAAUCUGGAUGUACUUUGAAGAGCUUAAAAAUUGUUUACAUUACACAAAGAAAGAAGUAUUACUGUCUGUUUUUACAAUUUUGCUCAAGUAUGCUCAAUACAAAACAAUUUUCAGUAGACUCUGAGGUGCUUGAUGGAGACAUUGCUCCAGGUACUUUCCAAAUAUGUGGUCAAACAUCUAAUACUCAGUUUUCUUUAUCUAAAGAUAUGAACGCAGAUAACAGACAUGAGUAUUAAGAGGGAAAAGUAUGGAAGGCUAGUUUUUUAGAAUUUAGAAUUUUUGGAACUUAGCAUUUAUGUCAGUAGACAUUUUAAAAUCCUUUAGUCACUUCACAUUUCUUUCUUUAAUAUUUCCAUUGUAUAACUAGGCAUUUCAAAAUGCCAUUGAUUAAGUUUAUUCUGAUUUGGACUUCUGUACAGUUAAGGAUCUUGUUUUUGAGUACUACUUCAAGCUGUAUACCUGUGGCAAACUGUAUGUUAACAGCUAUAGGUUUUGAGCAGUCUUAUAAAGAAUGGAAUGGAAUAGUCAAAGUCUAUUUAGUUUUAAGUUAAUCUGAUCAUUUUUCUUUUAGCUUUUCUCAUGUAUAUCUUAGAAUUACUGGAAUAGUAAGAACACAAAACUACAAUGGAGGCUGCCAAGAUUGUCCUUCUUGAUUUUAAUCUCAAGAAAUUUCCUCUAAACAUGCCAUGGUAAAUAGAUUUGGUUCUAAUUCAGUCCACAUAAAGCCUCAGUGCUCUAUUCUUGAAUAGUGCUGUCCAACAGAAUGUGAGCCAUCUAACUAAAUUUUCUAGCAGGCACAUUAAAAAAGUAAAAGGAAACAGGUGAAAUUCACUUUAAUAAUAUAUUGUAUUUAACCCAAUAUAUUCAGUGCCAUUAUUUCAACAUGUCAAUAUAAAAAAUUAAAAAAUAAAAACGUAUAACUUGUAGCACAUCUACGUUCUAGAACUAGUUCUUAAAAAUGAACACUAAUGUGUGUUUAUGAAAACUUUCUGAAUAUGUGCUUUUUAAAGAAUGUUUCAAAAGAAAACAUGGGAACCUUAUUUUUUCAAUAGAAAAGGGGUAAGAAAUCAUUCAUUUGGGCAAGUUUAUUUCAUUUUACAAAGACCAUCUUUAUUUCUGCCGGGGCAAAAAAUAUCUUCUGUUGCAUCCUGCCAUUUCAUCAUAAUGUUCAUUAUUCUUCCAAUAAUACUGUAAAUAAAGUUGCUGAAGACAUAUAUCCUGGCAGUUACCAUGAAUCUCCAAAAUGUAAAUUUCCUUCACUGAAGCAAAUUUGGUAAUUCCAAUGGCUUAACGCUUUCCCCCAACUUACUCUAAUUGAAUCUUCAUUAGCUAAAUUUAGAGGAUUAAAAAGAAUCCUUUUAAACUCUUUGUUGACUUCAAGAGAAUUUUUUUCUCCUCUUUAUAACUUUUGAACUUAAUUUGGAUUCUUAAAACCUCCAUAAAAUACAAGGAACUCUGUCUCUUUACUUUUAGGUGUGGUAAGGAACACAGGAUUUAGCACUUCCCCCACUGCCCUCCUCCCUUCCCAAAAAAAGAUGGCCUUUUAGCUAGAGACCUUUAGAGCUAAAAACUCUCAGUUCUGUAACUGGUUUUAAUCUAUUUCACUACUUCUCCAAAGGCCAAGUAUGAGCAGACUUGCCUGCCUGUCAACAUGGGCAUUCCAUUUUACUCAGCUACUCUAAUUUAAAUAGCUGGAAAAUAGGUUGAUUCUUAGUUUAGGAAAAGUCAAUGCAGUUGUCAGUAAUAUACAUAAUACGUGAAAGACUCAGAGCUUCAGACCAUUUGCCAAAUAUUA